GUUGAAUUCUGCACUAUACUUUUGUUUUGAAUUGCAACAGUAUCGUAAUAAGAAGUUUUGUAUCAUUUUAAAAUGAUUUGAUAAACCUCGAUUAUGUCAUUAAACAAAUCGCAAUAUUUUUAAGGUAAAGGAAAUGGAUGUCACUGAUUUUCUCCUAGGAGGAGUUGCUUCAAUGGGCGCUACCUUAUUUACGAAUCCGUUAGAAGUAGUUAAAACCCGCAUGCAGCUUCAAGGAGAGCUUGCAUCCAAAGGAAGCUAUGCUAAGCCAUAUAAGAGUAUAUUGGAUGCGUUUAUUACAAUCGCUAAAAAUGACGGUUAUUGGGCUUUACAGAAAGGUUUAGCGCCGUCUCUCUGCUUUCAAUUUGGCAUCAAUGCUGUCCGGCUAGGCGUAUAUAAUACCGCAUAUGAAAAUAGUUUCACUAAAACGAAGGAAGGCAGGCAGUCUAUUUGGAAGAGUGCCUUUUGGGGAGGUACCGGUGGUUUUAUAGGUUCUGCAAUAGCUAGUCCUUUUUUCAUGCUUAGAACGCACCUGCAAUCUCAAGCAGCAGCCCAGAUAGCUGUUGGGUAUCAGCACAAACAUAGCGGAAUGUUUAGUGCCUUAAAGGAAAUCUUUCAAACACAUGGAAUCAAAGGAUUGUACCGAGGGGUAGCAGUCACAAUGCCCCGGGCAAUGUUGGGUAGCGGUGGACAACUGGCAGGAUAUGGCUAUACCAAAGAUCUGCUCACGAGAUAUCCACUGUACCUCAAUCAAUCUGAUCGAGUGGUGUCCUUUCUGUCCGGAACAAUGGCUGGAACUGUUAUGGCUAUCACGAUGACGCCUCCGGACGUGGUAGCAACGCGCCUCUACAACCAAGGUGUAGACUCUAAUGGAAAGGGUAUCUACUAUAAUGGUGUUGUUGAUUGCUGUAUGAAAAUUCUCAAAACGGAAGGUAUCGCAGGUUUGUACAAAGGAUUUUGGCCGCACUAUAUGCGUAUAGGUCCUCACUCUAUGCUGGUGCUAGUAUUUUUCGACGAACAAGACGAAUAUACUAUCAACGACAAUUAAAACUGCGAUGAUUAUCUUUUGUUAUAUUUUCAAUAGUCUGCAUAUUAAACGAUC